AUAUCCAUAACCAUAAUGUUUUACCUAACGUGAAAUAAUCUAAAAUAAUAUGAUCCGAAAAAGAAACUAAACCGAAAGAAAGGAAGAAAGGGUCAAAGUUCAACAUAGCCAUUGCAUGCCCUGCGUUCGACGACAAUGGCUAAACAUCAUCCAGAUUUGAUCUUUUGUAGAAAACAAGCCGGUGUCGCUAUUGGAAGAUUGUGCGAGAAAUGCGAUGGAAAGUGUGUGAUCUGUGAUUCGUAUGUGAGGCCGUGCACUCUGGUGCGCAUCUGUGACGAAUGCAACUACGGGUCGUACCAGGGGCGCUGUGUCAUCUGUGGAGGUCCCGGGGUGUCUGAUGCUUACUACUGCAAGGAGUGCACCAUCCAGGAGAAAGAUCGAGACGGAUGCCCCAAGAUUGUGAACCUGGGCAGCUCAAAAACGGACCUGUUUUAUGAACGGAAGAAGUAUGGCUUCAAGAAGAGGUGAAGACAGGACAGUCCAACAUGCUUUGCUUCAGUUUUGUUUUUACUUUUCUUUUUGUAAACAUGUUUUGACAAUACAAUAAAGCUUUCUUUUAUAUUA